GUGCAGGAGUGCGUCAGCGCGCCACCAGUCCCAGCCGGCCGCAGGAAGCCGGACGCGGGCGCCGCCCAGCGCAGGGGCUCGGCGAAGCGGAAGGAUUAUGUCCGUAGCCAUUUUGGCUGAGGCCGUGCGCGCGCGUGUGAACUGGUCUCAGGCUCUCCACGGUGCACGGCAGUCAUGGCGGCGCGCGAUGCCACUCACGUGUAUGUCGGCUGCUACACCACCAAGCAUCCGCACAUCCGGGGCGACAAGCUCGGCGACGGCGUGUACGCGCUGAAGCUCAAUCCCGACGGCAGCCUGACGCAUCUCUCGGUGCACGAGCAGCUGGACCCGUCUUUCGUCACCGCCUCGAGCGACGGGCGCUUCCUGUAUGCCACCAGCGAGAUCGAGGGCGGCGGCGUCACCGCGUACAGGGUCGACCAGACGAGCGGGGCGCUCACGAAGCUGAACGAGCGCGCGACGGGCGGCGACCACGCAUGCCACCUGAUGCUGAAUCGGGACGGCAGCCUGCUGGCGGUCGCCAACUACUCGGGCGGCUCCGUGGCGUGCUUCCCCGUCCGCGAGGACGGCAGCCUGGGCGAGCGCGGCGGCUUCCUGCAGUUCGAGGGCGCGGGCCUGGACAGGGCCCGGCAGCAGAAGGCGCACGCGCACCAGAGCGUGUUCAGCGCCAGCGGCGCCUUCCUGUACGUGCCCGACCUCGGCAGCGACAAGAUCCGCCAGCUGCGCGUGGGCGCGGGCGGGGCGCUGGAGGAGAUCCCCGGCGCGCCCUUCUGCGAGGCCCCCGUGCCCGGGUGCGGGCCGCGCCACAUCGCGUUCCACCCGACGCUGCCUUUCGCGUACAACAUCCACGAGAUGGGGAACUCCGUGUCUGCGCUCUCGUGCGACGCGGGCGGCGGCGGUCUCGCCGUGCUGCAGACGCUGUCCACGCUGCCCGAGGCGUACCGGGGCGUGAGCGAGGGGUGCACGUCGCUCACGGAGAGCCACUGUGCCGACGUGCACGUGUCGCCCGACGGGCGCUUCCUCUACGGCUCGAACCGCGGCCACGACUCCAUCGUGGUCUUCAGCAUCGACCAGGUGGCGGGCACGCUCAGCCUCGUUGGUCACGAGCACGUCGGUGGGUCUAUCCCGCGAAGCUUCGGGAUCACGCCCAGUGGCGACUUCAUGCUCGUGGCGUGCCAAGACACACACAGCAUCAAUACUUUUGCCGUUGACAAGGAGACGGGGCUGCUCACCAACACUGGCCUCACAGUGGAAGUGGGCUCGCCCGCCUGCGUCUGCUUCGCAGCGCUCGGCUGAGGCUGAAUCCACGCAGCAAUUACUCGGGUUGCGUCCUGGCCCUGCAUCUUUCUCGACCCGAAGUGGUGGAGGAGGCGGGUGAGG